AUGUGUUAUGCGGAUGACACUCUUGCCAUCAGCCGCGGCAAGACAUAUCAUGAGGCAGUGGUCCGCGCGACGGCUGGAGUCGCUCAGAUCGUCCGUCAGAUCCGCGGACUAGGACUGACAGUGGCCCUGGAAAAGUCCGAGGCUAUGUGCUUUCACAGGCCCCGGAACCCUCCACCACCCGGACUGGAGAUAGUAGUUGGCGGGAUCCAGAUAAAAGUCACUCCAUCUAUGACUUACCUGGGUCUCGUCCUGGACGGAAGAUGGACUUUUAGGGAGCAUUUCAAACAGCUCCAAACGAAGGUGUCAAAAUCGGCAGGUGCCCUGGCCUCACUGCUCCCAAAUCUCGGGGGUCCAAGCCUGAGUUGCAGGCGACUUUAUUUGGGAGUCGUGCGCUCAAUGGCAAUGUACGGGGCGCCGAUCUGGGCAGACCGAUUGCGCAAGGAAAACAGUCUCGCGCUAGGAAGACUACAAAGGGUGAUGGCCAUCCGGGCAGUCCGCGGCUACCGCACAAUCUCCAAAGAUGCGGCUUGCCUGCUCGCGGGGGCCAUCCCCUGGGAUUUGGAUGCGCGUGCCCUCGCCGAUGUAUUCUGGCGUUGCGCUGCGGUCCGCGCGGGGGGCAGCAACCCCCUACCAGAUGCCGUACGUCGGUGGAGGAGCGAUGCGAGAGACAUGGCAAUUGAUUUGUGGCAAGAGCGGCUAGAAGAGCCGCAAGCCAGCGUGGACUUAGUUCUGGCCAUCCGCCCAGUACUCAGACAGUGGCUUGAUCGCAAGGAUGGAACUCUCUCAUUUCGCCUCACACAGGUGCUGACCGGGCACGGGUGCUUCGGUCGGUACCUGUGCGAGAUCGUCGGAAGGGAAGAGACCCCAAGAUGCCACCACUGUGACGAAGACAGGGACACGACCGAGCACACUGUAUCGGUCUGUCCCUCUUGGAAUGGACAACGUGCGGCCCUCACGGCCGCCAUCGGAUAUGACACCUCGCUCCCAGCAUUGGUUCGCUCGAUGCUGGGCAGCAAUCAAGGAUGGAGGGCGGUUGAAGACUUUGCUGAGCAUGUAAUGGCCGCCAAAGAGGAGGCCGAGCGCAUACGCGAGCGGGAGGCGCUCGACCCUCGAAGACGUAGCCGGCCAAGGCGACGUAGGGUCAAUAAUGACGACCGAAACGUUCCGCCAUAG